GUUCGCGACAGUCCUGGGCUGCUUAAUAUAUUCUGAAAUACUAAGGUGAAACUAGUCCCGGUGGGAGGGUCUUGUCAUUUCAAUUGAGCAAAUGGCUUGGCUGUCAAUUCUGCGGGGCGGCUUCAAUGCCUUAUUCUAUCCUACUCUUUACCUUGUGCGCUGGGCAUAUACACUGCUGCGCAUUCUGACCUCGCCAUUGGUAGCACUGGGCUACUUCGCGGUUCAUAUCAUCUUGCUGCCUUUGAGGAUACUUGUUAAGUUUGAGGCUCUAUUUGCUUUCCUUGCGAUCGCCAUCCUGGCAGGAAUCGGCCUUGGAUUGAUCUUGUUCGGCACAACUACAAUCACCGUCGAGACAGCAGAUCGGCUGGUAAAGUUUGUACUGGGUACCGCUGCCCGAAAGUUCUAUGGGAGUAAUGAUGACCUCCUCGAUGACACUACGAAGACGACGCCUUCUGCAAGCGAUCCCAGUACUGAGGAUGAUUACUUCACAGCAUGGCACGGGAGACAAGCUUCGAGGGAUCUGAAAAAGGCUGCUCUUCUAGCUGACACGAUUGUCGAGGAAGAGGAGGCCAGCCGCAGCUCGAGCCAUUCUAGAUAAAAGUCUUUCAGAUCCAAAGCAAUGAAGCCAUGAUGCAGUGGAGGGCUCAAACAUGCUUCUCCACAAACUAUGCCUGCUAGUGAUGCAAUUGAUUUGAUUAGUUUAGGGGGUUCAGGUGCAGUUGGAUUUCAAGCGUCCGUGGUUGAAGGUCUGGGCCUACCAAAUGGACAUUUGCCUAUAGGGAAACAUGGGGAAUGCUACCUCAGCAAAAGGAUCGCCCAUCGACCAUCGGGCCGCAUUGGCG